AUGCCGCUGAAAUUUGGCUAUAUAAAGCGACCAAAUCGACAGAGACGGAGACCAAUAUUGCAGGCAUUGUCACAGAGGACUCAGAGCAUUGCCGACUAUCUACGGGCUCCCGACUUGGGACAGUUCCAAGAUGCAUCCCAAGCCUCUUCUGGGGCUCCUCGCUCUUUCUGCAGUGGCUGUUGCCGCUCCUCCCAGAAACCCAGCUCCAGGAUCUCCUCAAUCCGUCCAGAACCUGAAGGACAAGAUCAAGCACAUGGUGCUGCUUAUCCUGGAGAAUCGCUCGACAACCUUUUGGGUGGCCAGACGAUCCGGGGCUUGGAUAAUCCCAUCAACAAUGGACCGUUCUGCAACCCAGUUAACCUGACUGAUCCAUCGGCAGGCCAGGUCUGCAGCAAGCCGCAUGACUUCGACUCCGUCAUCAACGAUUCCGACCACUCCAUUCACGGCAACAAUAUCCAGUUCUACGGCACCUUCCAUCCUGAUCAAGCGGCUAUUGAAUCUGGGCAGCUGAAGCCAAGCAUGAAUGGAUUCGUUCAUGAGCAAGCGCGCCUAUAUCCCACAGUCGAUCAAUCUGUCCUAGACACCCAGGUCCUGAACUACUAUACUGAGGAUCAGGUCCCCGUUUUCACUGAGUUGGUGCGGAACUUUAUCACUUUCAACAACUGGCACUCUGAUAUUCCGGCCGACCGAUCCAAACAGAGCCGCUAUGUAUCCGGAACCUCGUACGGACAUGGUACCAAUGAUGCUGGGUUUGGCAAAUCUACGCUCCCCCAACGGUCGAUCUUCCAGCAGUUGACAGAGACCAACCACAGCUGGGCCAACUAUUGUACCAGCGGCUCGGGCGAUUCCCAUUAUUUCUCCUGGACUGUUAACAGCGGCUCCACUAAGUUUAGCAAGCCGAUAAAUCAGUUCUAUCAGGACGCCUAUCUGGGGCGGCUGCCGGAGUUCAGCUACAUAGAUCCAUCCUGUUGUUCCGUGGGAACGAACUCGAUUCACCCUUCCGGACUGGUUUCCGACGGGCAGAUACUCGUCAAGCAGAUAUACGACGCCCUUCGCAGCGGACCACAGCGGGAUGAGACUCUUUUCAUCAUUAGCUUUGACGAGACUGGUGGCUUCCAUGACCAUGUGCCUCCUCCCAGAGCCCCGCGCCCAGACAACCUCACCUACACCGAGAAGACUCCUGAUGGAGGCAGCUACACUUUCAAUUUUGACCGGCUUGGCAGUCGCGUCCCCACCUUCCUCAUCUCCCCGUGGGUGGACGGUGGCGUGGUUGAAAAGCUAGGCACGAAUGCGGACGGCCAGCAGGUCUCCUACUCUGCGACUUCAACUCUGAGGACUUUAGGAUAUCUCUGGGACUUCGAGCCGUUCAACCCUCGGGUUGCUGCGGCGCCAUCAUUCGACCACCUUAUUGGGACGACAAAGAGGGUCUUUACUCCUGAAACUUUGGUCACUCCCCAUGCAUUUUAGGAGCGAGCAAUACUUUUCAGAGGAGCAAAUCAUACUCUAGGCCUGUGAAGUUUUCUUAGCAUGGUCAGCUAUUGUCUCUCGGGUAUAUCGUUGUAUAUAAAUGUCUGGGGUUUCCGGCUUCAAAUUGAACUAGGUAUAGAAUCUCUUAUGUAUUCCUGUUUGUAUUGAAA